AUGCAAUUCCAAGUGACUUUCGCAGUGCUCGCCGCAGUCAUGUGCUUCGCCGCUGCCGCUCCCGCUACCGAAGAAGUCAAAUCUUCAGCAGCUUCGCCGUCGGCCCAGUCUUCCGUUUCAGGCACCGAUCGUAGCAAACGGUACGUGGCCAUCGCCGCACCGUACGCCGCUGCACCAUACGUCGCUGCCGCACCAUACGCCGCCGCACCUUACGUGGCAGCUUCACCGUACGCCGCCGCACCUUACGUGGCCGCUUCACCGUAUGCUGCAGCCCCAUACGUGGCCGCCCCAUACGCCGCAGCCCCUUACGCACUUGCUUCCACACACGCCGCCCCGUACGUCUCAUCGUACACCACUUACCCGUACGUAGCCAAGACCCUGGCUUCCCCGUACACUUACUACCCAUGA